AUGGCUGCUGGAAACUCGUUGGUGACUCCUGUGUUGGAGAAGUUUGCGAAGCUGAAAGACGAUGAAGGGGAAUAUAUCACCAUCAAUUUCCUCGACAUUUGUCGUCUGAUCCUGCCUAUCGUAGAUAAAUUCGGGACUGCUAUGUCUAUCAUCAAGACCGACAUAAGUGGAAACAUCACGCGGUUGCAAAAGGCCUAUGAUGGUGAUAAGGAGAGCUACAUCAGGUUGUACGAGUUGGUUCGGAAGGAGGUCGCCACAGGCAAGCCCUUGGACCCAAACGGGAAUACAAGUGGACUUUUUUGGCUUACACGGUAA